CUCACUUCCGGAGAAAAUUCAAGGAGCAGCCACAGAUUGUGAAGCCUGGCCCUCAGGGGAGCGCAGAGCUUGGCGAAGGUGUUGCGCGAUACGUCUCCGUCCUCUCCUUCUUAGGCCUUGUUGCUUGGUUGGUUUCUUGUUCUCUGCACCUGGAGUUCUACCUACUAGUAUCUGAGCUGGGCAAGGCGCAUCAUUCCCCCAGUUUGAAAGCAGAAUGUCGACCAAGCGGGGUGGUGCUCCGAAAGGACCGCCAAAGCAUCAGAACAAGCGCGCGUACAAACCUUUUCAAGACGUGAAGAAAAACCCAAGUGAACCUGGUGGCAGUGAUGGGAGGACUUUUGCACCCAUCGCAGGAGUUUGUGUGCGAUGUAAGGAGCAACUAGAGUGGAGACGCAAGUAUGGCAAAUACAAGCCGUUAAGUGCGCCCACCAAGUGCAACUGGUGCCAGAAACGGAAUGUCCGGAGCGCUUACCAUGCAAUAUGUUCAGCAUGCGCAAAUGCUAAAGGAGCCUGCGGCAAGUGCUGCAAGCAAGUGAACCAUAUUGUUGGGAAAGGCGCAGAACAAGAAGAGGCGGAGCGGAGGAAUUUAGAAGAGGCGCUUUCGGGGAUGCGGGAGAGGGACCGCCGUACGCUUCUCAGAGCAAUGGAAAAGGGGUCAGCGAAGCUGGACAGGGGGCCGGCGGACGAUGCUCCGACCGGAGAAGAGGACGUCGAGUCGGACGUUGACUCGGACGCUGAUUCGGGCAACUCGGGAGUAGAAUCUAAUGACGAGAACGAGGUUUCAGUAAGUCGGAAAUCGAAGGGCAGGGCAGCUACGACAAGCAGAAGCGCAGACGCUCCAGAAAGCAAACGGGCAAACGAAGAAAACGCAAGCGACGGUGACGAUCCGUCUGAUAGCGCGAGCGAAUGGGAGAGCGAAGGUGAAGCCGAAGCGAAUGGAGUAGGGAGUGAUGAAAAGACGGAUGCUCGACGGGAGGCUGAUGAUAUAUCUCAAGAGGAGGUGGCGGAGGCGAGCAGAGGGUCAGAGGGGGUGGAAAUGCUGCGAAAGACCUUGAAAGAUAGUCUCGCUGUGGACGAAGGGCACGAAGCAGGCAAAGCCGUAAGCGCAGGCGGAGCUUGAUAACGGCGUUUCUUUACCUUGUACAUGUCCGUGCUUUCAGGUCUUCAGCAUUGUUUGUCGUAUGUCGAUGAGCUAGAUGAGUCAUCUCCGCCGGCCUCGAUUCAAUAUUGGCCGGGCUUCUCAAUCGUAGACGGUGUGUCUACUGAUCAGCAUCGGAUGCCGGGUGCGCGCAGCCCAGGUGGUUCAGGCUUGCCCACAGGCGGGUAGUUGCGGUAGUGUCAAGCCCACGGGCGGGUGAUUGCAGUGCAGACAAAUCAUAGCGUCGUGUGCAUCACAUGGUGCAAGUGUUCCUCCUAACAAAUGUGCAGGCAGCUUUCGGACUCUCAAGCUCGCAUUAUUUAGUACUUUGUCAAGAAAAUUGAGCUAGUUAUUGGGCUUAUAAGGUGCAACCGAUUCAU